AUGAAACUCGUUGGCAUUACUGGUGGUAUUGCGUGUGGAAAAACAACUCUCACAAAUUAUUUAAAAGAAUAUGGAAACACACAUAGCUCACAACUUAAUCUUGUUAUUAUUGACAGUGAUGAAAUAGCGCAUACAAUUUAUUCACCAGGAUCUUCUUGUUACAACAAGGUGAAGAAAUUUUUUGAAACCUAUAUUGAUCCUCAAACAGGUGAACAUGUAAAUAUAUUUUCUGAAGAUGGAAUUGGAAUUGAUAGGCCAAAAUUAAGUGCUGCGGUAUUCAAAGAUGUCAAAGUUAGAAAAAUGAUUAAUGCAGCAACUCAUAUGGAAAUAUUUAAAGAAAUCAUGAAGAGAAUUUUUAUUGCAUUUGCAAAAUCUAUACUUGUGACACCUCAAAAAACAACCAUUUGCUUUGUGGAACUUCCACUUCUCUUCGAAACUAAAAUAUUUCAAUAUAUUGUCUCUACCAUUGUAUGUAUUAAAACAACACCUGAACGUCAGUUGCAAUGGUUAAUGCACCGAAAUCAUUAUACUGAAGAAGAAGCUCAACAACGAAUUUCAUCACAAAUACCAGUAGAAGAAAAAGCACAAAGAUCAGAUUUUGUCAUUGACAACUCUAGAGACCGGGAGUAUUUAAAAAUUCAAACGUUUGACAUGGUGGACUAUUGUGGCAAGCACACGUCAACAUUUGGAUUGAAAACAUUUGUUGCAUUGGUGGCAUUGAUUUUCAUCAUUGUCAUUGUCGGCAUGAUUUUCUAG